AUGAGUUUAGUACAGGAAAAAUUUGAGCAAAUGCAAGAAAAAGUAUUUGAUCAGGCAAUCGAAAGUCUCAAAAUACAGCAUAAAUAUGUGAAGGAAGCUUUAUUAAAGGACAAAAACUUCCAAGAAGUAGUUAUAGUAAUGAAAGAGAUGAAGAGUAAGCUGAAUUCGCUUUAUUCAAAAGAUCCAGCAAAGAUUAAAUUCAAAACUGAAAUGAUCGUCAAGUUAUGCGAGCAAAUAGCCUAUUGUCUGCUGAGAGAUAAUAAGCCGAAGGAAGCAUUGAAGUUUCUUUCAGAACUGGAAGUUAUACAGGAUGUUGUUAAGGAAAAGAACUCGAAAGCUUUCAUCUACAUGGGACGAACUCAUAUGAUGCUUCAAAAUUUCAAGCAAGCUAACAACUACUUCUCAAAAGCUUACAAAUUCGCUGAUCAGAACGCUAAGAAAGACAUUGAGGGAAUUUUGCAUACGAUAAAGUUGAAAAUCAAUGAAGAUAAUGAAGAUUCUGAUGCUUUAGGCGUUUCUAAGUUUAUGCAGAACGAAAUUGGACAAACAAGUACAGCAUUAGUCCUCGAGAGUGAAUUAAAUUUGAUUCCAAUGGGCUUUCAAUCAGUUGAUGCAGAUGGCGAUAUAACUAUCGAAGUAUUAGAAGCCAAGCAACAAGCAGAGUCGAUUUGUAAGAAAAAUAAGGGUUUUACUGAAACUGUCGAGAUCUGUACAAAUAAGGCAUCUGCAGGAAUUCUUGGUGAAUAUUUACAAAAAUCACGUAAUCCACUUGCAACAUAUAAAGUGGACCAUACCACACAAGACAGUUCCUGCAAUAAAACCUUCCAUAUGUCUUGUGAAUGCGUUGAACAUGUCACGUUUGGUAGUGCAACCACAAAGAUUAAAGCAAAAGAAAUUGCUGCUCAGAAAAUGCUUAAAUACUUACAGGAUGCUGGUAAAUUGCGAUUGACGACAAAUUUAGAACUUUAA